CGUCGCCGUUGAGACACACUCACGGGGGCAUGGCGUGGUGCUGCCUGGUGCUCGGAGCUCUAGUAAACAACUUGUGUGCCACUCGUGAGGAUAUGUAUCUGUGCCUCGUUAAGAAUUGACGUAUUUUUGUGCUCUAGUGGUGCGUUAUAAUUUUCAUCCUUCAUUUUUUCCGUUCCUUACCGUCACGGGGGGUCCACUGAUCUCUUAUUUCCACGCGUUGUAUACAUUUCCACGUGGGGAGCAGCAGAUACACAAUUCGCUUACUCCUUACCGGAACCCGAGAGAGGCACAAGCGCGCCCACGAGAAAAUGACGAAAAGUCCGUAAGAAUAAAAGGACACGAGGAGAAAAAAGCGCCAGCGCAUUAAACGGGGUGUGUUUUCAUCGUGUAAUUUUUCUUUCCCUCUUCCCUUUUUACUUUGCUCGCCUCCUCCCCACAUUUUUAUAUACAACAAAAAUAGUGUCUCGGUGCGCGCGAGAGUGUAUUGUGCAUUAAAAUAAACUAUGUAUGAGAAAAAAGAUGAAUAAUAUUUCCGUAAAACGCUGCGGAUAGUGCGUGUGUUGUUAUUGUGGAAAACGAAUAUAUAUAUAUAUAUAUAUGCAUACGCGUGUAUAUAUAUUCUCACACAAAUCAUUUCGGGGUUGGAGGAGAGGUGAAAUUGGCUGAAUAAAAAGCAACCCUACCCUCCCACUUUACUUGACCACCAAGUACACGAAACCUCACCUCCCCUCUCGCUCUUCCUCCUUCUACGUCGACUCUCCUCCUUCCUAUUGGGCUACUAUCCACGUAGUUUGUGGAAUUUUCGGUUUACGGCGUGCCGUCUCGCUCGGACUCUCGGAGCGACAGACGCUCCGUGACAGCUGAAGAACUACGGAGAGUCAAAAACGGAGGAGGGCGAUCGAAGUGAGGAGAAAUUCUCGAGGACUCAAUAGCGAGGACCGAAGCGUCAGGAUGUGGAGACGAAAGCGACACUUUCGAUCAGGCAUGAGUGAUUUCGGAGCUUGAAUCAGGCGAUGAUCGUCGGGAAAUAGGGAAAAGAAGAGCUCGGAGAGAAAGACUGGAGGGUUUCGUUGGAGGAUAAGGAUCGAAGGGAGCAAAAAAGAAAAUGGAUUGAAGAUAUUUUCACGAUCGUAGGACCCGUGAAACUCUUUCGUUUUUAUUUCUUUCCUGUAAUUUCUCGAGGCUUCCGAAGCGCGCGGGUGGCAACGAAUACCGAAAAAUAUGCGAUUGUUGGGAGCUGCGUUACGAGAAAAGCUCACGAUGCUGAGCGGGACUCGCGUCGCGAAGAGAUUGUUCCUUCGAUCGACGUCGAUCUGUGGUCCGGAGGACGCGUGGUAAAGAUUCGUAAACAAUAUUAAAAAGCAUCGAUUGACGAAGCCUCGAAAAAGCAGAGGAAAAAUAGAGCGUCGUCGCUGGUCGGAAAAAAAGCUCAAUUAUAAUUGUAAUGCGCGUAUCAUCAUUGUAACGAUAGAAGAAAAGGAAAAACCGGGCAUCGAUAUCGCCGAUAAGAAGAUCCGGCGAACGAUGUCGAUAGAAGAUAAAACGAUGAAAGGAAUUUUCAGUAAUUCCCGGAAGGACAAGAGGGUCCUCGGCAAACGAAGAAAUUCAUCGACGCAUCGUCGUCCUCUCCGUAAUUUCGUCGAGGAAGAUUCGGCGGAGGCCGGAACACGAGGUAAAAUUCACGACGAUUGCAUCGGGCUAAGACUCGUCGAUGAAAAUUCGAGGAGCGAGCUUAUGACUCGCUGCGAAUUGUGCAAACGCUUGAGCUUCGAUGUCCAACCGGAUGGUUCAGCUUCAACGAAGAGCGACGAGAAGUUAAACGAGACGAGAAACGACGAGAAAUGUUGGGGCGAAAAUUUUCGGUGCCCUCGAACCAUGUCGAGAAACGACGUUAUUGCUCAUUCGCGAUCUGGUCUCGAACACGAUAAUCGAUCCUUGCGAUGUGCCUCGAGCGUCGUCCGAUGGAAUUCCGCUGAUCUUUCACGGCCAAGAAGAUUUUAUACUCUCGGUACUCGGGACGCAUUUGGCUGGAUAAUCCCGUUCGUUCUUCUAACUAUUCUCACUAGCGUUGUCUCGGCCGAAUUACUAACUUUUCCUGUCGCCGAGGUAUACAGGAAUUCCUCAAUCAACGCUAAAAGAGAGGUGUGCCAAAGCAUAGAUAUAAGAAAUAGCGUCAGUGAAUUCUCGAGACUCGAAGGAUGCCGGGUCGUCGAAGGCUUCGUGCAAAUAUUGCUUAUUGACCAUGCGGACGAUACGGCACUCGCAAAUCUUUCCUACCCGGAUCUUAUCGAAAUCACCGGAUACCUCGUACUCUACAGGGUCAACGGUUUGAGAAGCGUGGGUCGCCUUUUCCCGAACCUCACGGUGAUACGUGGACAUUCGUUAUUCAUAAAUUAUGCAUUGGUGGCGUUCGAGAUGAUGCAUCUUCAAGAGAUCGGGCUUCAUUCGCUGACCGACAUAUUACGAGGAUCUGUGAGAUUUGAAAAAAAUCCAGCUCUCUGUUACGUCGACACGAUCGAUUGGGAUUUGAUCGCGAAAGCUGGUCGUGGAGAGCACGUGAUCUCGGGCAACAAACCUAGAAACGGAUGUCCGGUGUGUGACAAACAUUGUCCAUCGCGUUCGACCAAACCCGACGAUACCUUGUGCUGGAAUAGACAACACUGCCAAAAAGUUUGCGAUCGAAAGUGUAAAGACCGGGCGUGUACGUCGACGGGCAUGUGCUGUCAUCCCUCGUGCUUGGGUGGUUGUACAGGAGAAUUGGCUCAGCACUGUACAGCCUGUAGAGAAGUGUCGGUAGCGGGUAAUCAGUGCGUGCAGCGUUGCCCAUCGGGAACGUACGAGUUUAUGAAUCGUCGUUGCAUACAGGAGAACGAGUGUCGAAGAAUGAAGAAACCGCCCGAGGCGAUCGGUACAAUCCGCGAAUAUCCUUACAAGCCGUUUAAAGACAGUUGCAUCAUGGAAUGUCCAGCUGGUUGGAUGGACGAGGAUCGUAAUGGUUUGGCAUCGUGUAAACAAUGCGACGGCCAUUGUUUACGAGAAUGCGCAGGCGCGAACGUAAAUAGUAUCGCAUCUGCUCAAAAAUUACGGGGUUGUACCCACAUAAGUGGAAGUUUGGAAAUUCAGAUUCGAGGCGGUAAAAACAUAGUUAAGGAAUUGGAGGACAGUUUGAACUCGAUCGAGGUGAUCGACGGGUACUUGAAAAUAGUCCGUAGUUUCCCUCUCAUAUCGCUGAACUUUUUCAAAAGACUCAAAGUCAUAAAAGGCAACUAUCUCGACAACAAUAAAUACACGCUUUCUGUACUCGAUAAUCAAAAUCUUCAAGAGCUCUGGGACUGGGGCACACAUCCAUCCAUUAAAAUAUUGUCACGCGACGGUCCAGCCAAAGUAUUUUUUCAUUUCAAUCCUAAAUUAUGUCUCCAACAAAUCGAAACCCUUCGACAAGUCGCCAAUCUCGCUGAAUUCACCGAUCUCGAAGUCGCACCGAACAGCAACGGGGAUAAGGUCGCCUGCAACGUAACCGAACUCAAAGCCGAAGUCACCAAGAAAAAUUCCGAAGCUGCGCUCAUCCAGUGGGAAGCCUUCAACCAUGACGAUACACGAUCUCUUCUAGGAUACGUUUUUUAUUUCAUCGAAGCCCCCAGCCGAAAUGUCACCAUGUACGACGGUCGAGAUGCUUGCGGCGGUGAUGGCUGGCGCGUCGAUGACGUUAGCGCCGCUGACGACUUACCCAGUAUCCAUAUAACCGGCAAUCGUACUAUCCACAGACAACCCCACUAUCUUACCCAUAUAUUGACUCAAUUAAAACCAUAUACGCAGUACGCUUUCUACGUCAAGACUUAUACCAUCGCCACUGAAAGAUCAGGCGCCCAGAGCAAAGUCCAAUAUUUCACUACGCUUCCUGACGCACCCAGCCAACCCAGAAGCUUAUCGAUAUGGAGCAACGCCAGUAGCGAAUUAGUCAUUUCGUGGAAUGAACCUGCGAGAAAAAACGGAAAUUUGACACAUUACAAAAUUAUCGGACAUUGGGAUCGCGAUGAUCCUGCUUUUGUAGCUCAGAGAAAUUAUUGCGAUGAACCUAUGCUUUUACCGGAGAAAAAAUCAAUGUCAGAAAUGGCGGAAGAAGAGCGUAAAAAAGUGGAAUUAGAAUCGGAAUAUGAGAAGUCCCCGCCGAAAGGCCGAUGCGACUGUUCUAGUCGAAAGCCAGAGCAAUCGAGCGAACUUGAGAAAGAGAUCUCGAGUUCCAUAGCGUUCGAGGAUGCGCUUCAUAAUGCGGUUUAUGUAAAAAGGACAAAUUCACGUAGAAGACGAGACAUCGAUGCCGUGCCGUGGAAAAGAGACACGGGUUAUGCGCAGGAAAAAGACUAUAUUGACCCGAGUGAAAACAAAAUCGAGAACGGCACUUACGUCAGAUUCGCAGUGUUGGUACCAGCGACGAACAAGACAUUCGUCAUGCGAAAUUUGCGACAUUUUGCCGAAUAUUACAUCGAGAUAAUCGCCUGUCGCGAAAAAGUCUUCAAUGAAACACAGAACUAUUGUUCAACGAAAGCGGUGAAAGCUUAUCGCACAUUGCCCAUCGAGAGCGCGGACAACAUACCACCGAGUUCAUUCAAGCUCGAAAAAAUUGGUGGCAAUAACAGUUACACUUUUGUCAAAUUACAGUGGGACGAGCCACCACAGCCAAAUGGUCUAAUAAUCACUUAUCAGAUCGAAUACAAGAGACUGGAUAUACAAAAUAUUCAACCUACCCAGGUUUGCAUAACGCGUCACGACUUCAUAAAAGCUGAUUAUUCCUACAUUUUGAAGGAUCUCGCGCCCGGCAAUUACUCUGUAAAAGUACGAGCCACGAGUUUGGCAGGGAGCGGCGCUGAUUCCGAGACGAAAUAUUUCUACAUCGAGGAGUUCUACACGAGCAGCAAAUUUUGGAUCGCCUUUUGGUCAAUAUCGAGCAUAACACUUUUGACGCUUUCUCUCGUUACGUUCUACGUGUGUAAACGGAAAUUUAUGCGCAACGUACCGAGCAUGAGACUGAUCGCGACUGUUAAUCCCGAAUACGUCAGCACUGUUUAUAUCCCCGAUGAAUGGGAAGUACCGAGAAAGAAAAUUCAAUUACUACGGGAAUUGGGAAACGGCUCUUUCGGCAUGGUGUACGAAGGCUUGGCAAAGGACGUUGUCAAAUCUAAACCCGAAGUUCGAUGUGCCGUUAAAACUGUCAAUGAAAAUGCUACCGAUCGCGAAAGAAUUGAAUUCUUGAACGAAGCCUCCGUUAUGAAGGCUUUCAACACCUACCACGUCGUGAGAUUGUUGGGCGUCGUGUCGCAAGGACAACCGACGCUGGUUGUCAUGGAGCUCAUGGUAAACGGUGAUUUGAAAACGUAUCUACGAAGUCAUCGACCCGAUCAGUGUGAGAAUUUCAUGAAACAGCCACCGACGUUGAAAAGGAUUUUACGUAUGGCUGUUGAGAUUGCCGACGGCAUGGCAUAUUUGUCAGCCAAAAAAUUCGUUCAUCGUGACUUGGCCGCACGUAAUUGCAUGGUUGCCGAAGAUUUGACCGUGAAAAUCGGCGACUUUGGUAUGACCAGAGACAUUUACGAGACCGAUUAUUAUAGAAAGGGGACGAAGGGACUUUUGCCGGUGAGAUGGAUGGCGCCUGAGAGCUUGAAAGAUGGCGUUUUUACAAGCUUCUCUGACGUUUGGAGUUACGGUGUCGUUCUCUGGGAAAUGGUUACACUUGCCUCCCAACCUUAUCAGGGUCUCUCCAACGAUCAGGUUUUGCGAUACGUGAUCGACGGAGGUGUCAUGGAACGACCCGAAAAUUGUCCUGAUUCGAUGUAUACACUGAUGCGAAGAACUUGGAAUCACAAGUCAAACCGUAGACCAACAUUUAUCGAUAUUGCGACAAUGCUGUUGAGCGAAGUUGACGUCGAAGGUUUCGACAGAGUGAGCUUUUAUCACUCCCCCGAGGGGAUUGAGGCGCGUAAUCAGAACAACUCGCAUUCGCCGCACAAUGACAAGGAUUUGGAAUUGUCAGCUUUGCAAGAUUUGCGAGAAGACGAGGGCGAGGAUGACGAGGAUUCACCGUUGCGACAAGAUUUCGGAGAUUUCGCAAGUAUCGAGCCAUCGUAUUUGAAGAAUAAUUCGAAUUCGAGAUACGGAGGAGAGCCUUACGGUGAAAAUUCAAAGGUCGUUACGAAAUUUCACGAUUUAAACUCAUCGAAGAUACCAUUAAAAGCAGGAUUCGAUGAUUUUGAUGGUGUGUCAGCGGGCUCGUUGAAUUCGAGCAAAGACACUCUGGACUUUCCAUUCGUUGAGGACAGUUUGAAGUCUGUUAAAGUUUCACCGUCCAAUAGGAAGAAAAGUUCAUCCCGCGGUAGCUUGAGUCUCAAGUCGAUGAAGCAACAGCCACGGAGCCCGGCGAGUUGCAGCGAAAUCGCUGUUUCGAUGCAAGAUAGUCCGGGUUUGUCUUUGAAGUCACGAAAAAAUAGUCCGGAUUAUGAGAAUCAUACGCCUGAGGUUUUGUCGAUGAUCGAAGGCAAGGAACCGAUCAAAUUACGUAUUAAUUUUCCACCCAUCGACGAUAUCGAUGUCGUUGAUAACUCCUCUACUAAUAACGAUAAAUGCUCUCAACCCGAAUACACUGAAAAAUCAGAGACUCUUAACAAUGGUUUUAUAAGUGGUACUACAACGUAGUCUCGCGUGAUAUUUGGCAAACACUCGAAUCGUUGAAUCCUCUAAAAACGAUGAUUCAUCGUGCUUUUAUUCCUCGAGCAAAUUUCACUUUCAUUUUUUCUACUUUUUCAUUUUCUUCUUUCUUUUGUUUGUUCGUUUGCUUAUUAUUGACAAAGAAAUAAUCACGCGUUAUAGCGUGGAUGAUGUUCUUGAGGCCCGAAUCGAAAGGAAUUUGCGACUAAUGUGCGAAAACGAAACAAGAAGACUUACAUUGUACAGAGUUUUGUACAACGUUUGAGUUAAGCUUGAACCUAUUUUUCAUUCCAAUAUGUUUGAAAAUGAGCAGCUACAUAUUCCUGAAAAUGAGAUAGUUUUGUAAAAGACACGUAAUGUUCCCACGUUUUUUUUUUUUUUUUUUUUACAUUUUUCAGUGCAAAUUCCUAUUAAUAAUAUUUAUCAAACCGUGUACAGUAAUUAUAAUAUAAUAAAUUUAUUUCUAACGUUAGUUUCGUUGUUGAAAAAUCAAUUUUUACCCUGUUCAAGGGUUAAGGCUUGAGAUGGUAAAUUUUCAACGAAUUUUGAGUGAAAUAACCUCGGCUUGAAAUGACGAAUCAACUUCAACCCGAAUACGAGUUACUCUCAAGGUUUAUUUUGAAUUUAACACUCGAGUAUAACGAUUCGGGCUCUCUAUGAAACUUGAAAAAAGAAAUAAAAAGUAUGGAAAAGAGCAGAGAGUGUCUGAGCUAGUCUUACGAUGUUUUACAACUGAAAUUUGGGUUACGGAGCUUCCGAGAUAUUUCUUGUAACAGAGAAAGGUGUUUGUGUUUUUGUUCACAUACGAAUGAAACAUGUGGCGAGCGAGGGAGAGAGUGAGAAAGAGAUGCGGGAAAAAUGUUAGUAUUUUAAAAUAACGUAGCUUGUAAUGAUAAAUUUAAAUUUUUAACGUCCCUAACGUACCGGAAAUAUCUCCAAAUUUAGCCAUUAUCCUACACUGAACAAGAGAAAGAGAGGGAAAGAAAGAGAGAACGAGAUAGAGAGUUAUUGAAAAAAAUGAUUAUUUAUCACGUUCAAGUCCUCCAAUAAUUUUCGUCUCUCUUAGUUUAAAAUGUCGGUACGUCUUUACGAGUAAUUGUACCUUUUGUUUUUCUCUCGGUGCAAGCCAACGACUCGUCGAUGGAUUAUUUGUAAACAAGAUUGCGAUUCUUUCAUUUCUUUAAGAAUCUUUGAUAACGCUUAUCCGAUGUUACUUUGUUUUUUCUUUUGUUUUGUUGUUUUUUUUUCUCUUUUUACACGAAACCAUUGAUUUUGUCCACAUUUUAUUGAGAUAUCAAACGACGUUAAUACUUGUUCUUGUUAUUAUCUCCAUCGGAUUGAAAUGGAAUUGAAGUCGAACGAACAAAAAAAGUGUAUAAAAUCAAAUGAAACGAAAUGAAUUAUUGGAUUUUUCUACUAAUACUUUCAAUAUUUUCUGUUGAAUGAAAUAUGAUAUCGUUGAACAUUGUUUUUUGUCACGUCGAAGUCUAUUCGUUCUAAAAGUAAUGAGAGAUUCGCAACUCGGGUAUGUAAACUAUAAAAAUAAGGAUAAAAAAAGAAACAAAAACAGCAGAUACUGCCUAUUAGGUGUCGUUGCGAGCCACGUUUCGUCGCUCAAACUACUCGUGGCUUUUCGCCACUUUGUAAAUCGUUUAAGAGAGCCAGGCAGCAAAUUUUUUCGCAGCCAUCCCUCCCAACGAACAAUCAUUCCCAUUUCCUUUGCCCCAGGACCCUUUUCUCCUGCUUUCAAUUCCUCUCUACUUACUUUUCAACAACGCCGAAAGAAUCGCUCGGAGGUAAAAAUGUAAUAUUUAUAAGUCAUGGAUAGCCAAUUUAUUGUUAAAAUUAUUAUUCGAGGGAAUGUUAAUUUUUGUAUUUACUGUUUCUCCCCUUGAGAUUUAACUGGGGAUGAACGUAGUUGAAAUGGAAACAAAAAUUAGAACAAUUUCACGUCUCAUCGACACGAUAUUUUUCACGAAGAACCAAACUUUCAAUCUCAAUGAAAUUUUUUUCAAAUUUUUCAACUUUUCAUUCAAUAUCAACUGAAUUUAUCCUCGUGUCCCCCUUCGCCGACAGUUCUUGCAUUGAAAAAAAAAUUUCAAAAAGUCUUGUUGAAAACACCAAAACGAAAUAAUCACCCUCGACAUAAAACUUGGAUUUUUUGCAAAUUAAAUUCAAAUCUAAAAAUCUCUUAAUCAUGAACGAUCCACGCACCGUUUAUUUCGAUUUCUCUACUUUUCCUCAAUUUCUUCAACUGAUCACGCGAUCGAGCAAAUCUUUUUUACCAUUCAAGUGAGUCUGUGCGAGUUAAAGUGAAAUUUUUCGAUAAUAAAUCAUUGAAGAACGACCAACAAUUUUCCGUUCAUAUCGUAUGUUAUUCGCACACUUUUUAAAAACUGCGAACUACCAUUUUUUACGCUUCCAAUUAUUUCAAUCACUUAACGAAACGAAUUUCAAUUAUUUUCCAAUGCUCGUUAAAACAUCGUUGAAUUAUUUAAGAUUUUUUAAACCACCGAAGCACUACCCACGAACUAUCCUCCCACACGUGUCCUCGAGACAAGCUUUUUAAAAAUGUUUUUCCCUCCAAAGCAGUUCAUUCUUAUUGAAAAAUGUUGCUCCACCCUUUUUGAUAUCGCCUCCUUGCGAGCACUCCACUUUGUACUUUCGCGUUAUCCUUUAACUCGGCUCAUGAAAAAACUCUACUUUUUCCUGAUGCAUACAAAAACAAUUGGUGCGAAGUUCCAGUACGUCAAAGAGGCUACUUGCGAGAAAUCAUUUAUCGUCGCUUUUUUUUUUCUAAACACACUUGAGCGAGCGAUGAAAGUCAAAAAUAAAACGUUCCCCAACCCACUGUAUUGGCAAUCAAGGCUAAUGGUAUUUUUUUUAACUGUAUAUCUGAACUAAUCGACUUAAGAAUUUCGAUCGAAAAAAAAACGAGAACGUACGAGAGAAGCUAAUAUCAUGUAAUCCCUCCUAAAAAAUAAAUCAAUUCUCGUGAGCGAACGGAAAAAGUACGAUGAAUGUUGAGUGUAAAAUAAAAAAAACAAAAGAAAACAGAACAAACGAAAGAGUAUGGAAAUCGACAAAGAAACGAUGUUCUGUGCAGGACAAAAAACAACGUCGAGAGUUAUUGAAUAUCGAAAAGAAGAAAAUAAGAAGAAAGAAACUUGCAUUUCCCCCUCUCCCCCCCCCCCCCCGACCUCUCCGCCCCAGAAUCAAUAACACACUUUUCUUUUUCGUGUAAACAAGAGAACAUAGACUGUACAAAGCCUAGUGAGAGCCAAGAUUGACGUCGAACAAGAAAAAAAAUAGAUCGAUGAAUAAUAAAAGAGAUAAAAAAACUGGCGUUGGAAUUAUUGGCGAGGGAUACAGAAAUAAACCGAGAGAGUGAGAGGAAGAAUGAGAGAAUGUGAGAGAGAGAGAGAGAGAGAGAGAGAGAGAGAGAGAGAGAGAUGUGAACUAAUUGAAAGGCGAUGAAGAUUUUUUUCAAAUGAAUAUUGACGAUCCACGCAAUACAGUUAAAACUAUAUAGAUAAAAAGAGAGAAGAAGAAGAAUAAUAAAACGAGCCUCAAAACAAGACUGAUUAGCUAAUGCCCUCUGUAAACCCGUAACCUCCCGUUAAGUGAAAGAAAGAAAAAGCUAAACGAAAACGAAAAAAAAAAAAAAAAUAAUGUUGCGAAACAACAUGGUAGAAGUUCCAUAAAGUUUUUUUUUCUUUCUGUCAUUGCUUUUCUUUUUUUUUUUGUUGUUAAUUCUCUCACCGCGUUAAGUUCUAUUUUUCGUUUGGAUUGACGUUGCAUCCGACGAGCAUAAUCGUUCGAGCAGCGUCAUCCGCUUGACUGACUGUUGAUCCGACACAAUCCCCGAGAGUUUAGUAAUGCGUUGUGAAUAAAAAAAAAAAAAAAUUCGAGUACCAGCGGACAGUCAAGUUCCGAGGAAAAAAAAACACACACACACAAAAAAGUCAUCGAUGAAAAAAAGAAAAAGAAACAUAUUUAUGUAUAAAUGUAUAUGCAGCGUUCGAUCAUGGUAUUUUUCUCGAAGUACCAGUGACCUAAUAUACAAAAUAAUUACCUUCAUUUUCACCGUUUCACAAUAUCAUUUAUAUAUGUUGGAGUUGAAAAUUGAUGCACGAAAAAAAAAAGAAAAUUAACGUCAAGUUUGUUUGUUUGAUCAUUAUGAAAUUAUAAUUAUUUGAUUUUUUUUUUUUUUGUACAGAAAGAAAACGUAAACGUAUCAGAUGCAACGAGGUAAUUUAAAUAGUUGUGUAUAGAAUCGUACGAAUAUUAUAAUUGUACAAGUCUUUUGUCUCUUUUUAUUGUUUUUUGUUUCUAAUUGUCGUAAGAUAAAAGAAAAAGAGAAAAGAAAGCGUAUGUUUUGUGUUUACUUCUCUCCAGCUGUACGAUGCAUUUAUGAAACAAAAUAACGGCAUACUUUUCAGCUCUCUCUCCUCCUAACUCACCAAGAAAUUCUUACCAAAUCAGUAUAAUUUGUCGCUUUCGUCCGUGCCUCGAGCGCCCGUACCGUCACGCCAAUUUCGUAUUACACAAACUGUUGCAAUUAUUACGUUUCAAUAUUCAAAAUUUCAUGUUGUUUUUUUUUAUCGUCCGCGCCAAAAACUAAGUAAAAGUAAACGAAUAAAUGAAGAAAACAACACUGAUGUAUACAUCGACUUUCCGGCGAAUGCGAGAGGCACUCUCGUCUUCGUCAGUGCCAAUGUAUCAAUUAAGCGUGCAUCCAAACGGGUGGCCCAAUCUUUCGGUUCACGAUUCCAUCAACAUCGUGCCUCUUAUAAGAAAUACUUUACACGGUGCUAAAAACCUUUACUCUCCUCGAUAUCACGAGAAAUUUUUUAUUUCUUCCAUUUUUUAUCUUUAUUUUUCGAUACCUUACAUUUUUUUCGGAAAAAAAACCUUCUUCGUUGUAUUUCUUUAUUCAUUUUAAAAAUCCUUAGUGCUUUAACGUUAUUGACGCGACAAAAUUAUGCUUCGCAACGCGACACGAAGAGCUCCAACGUCGUUGAGAUUUCACCACAUUUUUAAGUACAAACAAACCACCUGAAGACCGAAAUUUUCGUCUUUCCCCUCCCGGGGAAAAUGAUUUUCGCAUUCUCCUUCUCUUCCGAAUCGUCAUUCUACCGAUGUAUAAAUGUGAAUGCCUGUAUAAGCUGUGUGCAAUUGUGCACAACAAAUGUGUAUGCAUAUACAUAUAUAUAAAAGAUAAAAUGAAGAAAGAACGAAACAAAAUCCUACAUGCAAUUACGUUUUCUGUUUUUUCUCUUUCGCCAGCACACACACACACGCGCGCGCGCGCGCGCGCGCAAGGUAUUUCAAAGUACCGUCAGUCUAAUUAAUCGUUGACAGAAAUCAAAUGUCAGACGCCAUUCAGCCGAUACCCCAGCGUAUUAUAUUUGAAGAAUUAAUGAUAAUAUUAAAAAUCGUAAUUAUUCAUAUUAAUAACGUUAUUAAUAAUUAUCAUAGAUAUUAAUUUAAAUAGUUGUAACAAUACGAAGAAAAAACAAAACAAAACGCUAUAAUAAUGAUUAAAAUAAGAAUAAUAAUAAUAAAGAAGGAAAAAAGCCUCGCUCGUAUUUUCAAGUAUUGAUAAAUGACAGAAAAUGGAUAGUAAAAAAAACAAAACAAUACAAACAACAGAAUAAACGAUUAAUGCUUAUGAUGUUUCUGAACAUAUAAAUAUAUAUACAUACCUAUUUAGUAUAUGUAUACAUACCACGUAUGGUUUUUGUUUCAAUUAUAAUUUUAAUUUAAUGUUAUUUUAUUUGAUAUUUAAUAAGAGUGUUUGAAUCACCGAUCAGGUCUAUCCUCGAACAGAAAUAUCAAGAGGAGUAUGCGUGGUCGUUUUUUCUCUAGCGUUCGACAAUCGAGCAGCUCUUCUGGUUUUGACUUUUGCUAUUGCUGUUUUCGUUUUUUUUUUUUUUUGCAAUUUCUUUUCCUCGUUCCGUUUUGAACGAAUUGUUAUCUCUUCAUCUAUCUCUCUUUCUGUACUACACCGACUGGCGACUGCUCGAGAAUGGGCCACCGAAGGCCUCAGUCUCAUUGAGCAUAUGAUGUAUAUGUAAUUUAUACAUAUGUGUGUAAAUAUUAUAUACUUGGAGGUAAAAUUAAGACAAGUGAAAUAAUAA